AUGGUCAGCUCCUGUUGUGGCUCCGUCUGCUCUGACCAGAGCUGUGGCCCAAGUCUCUGCCAGGAGACCUGCUGCCAGCCCAGCUGCUGCCAGACCACCUGCUGCAGGACCACCUGCUGCCGCCCCAGCUGCAAUGUGUCCAGCUGCUGCCGCCCCGUCUGCUGCCAGACCACCUGCCGCCCCAGCUGCGGCUGCUGCCAGCCUAUCUGCUGUCGCCCCUCCUGCUGCAUCUCUAGCUGCUGCUGCCCCUCUUGCUGUGGGUCCAGCUGUAGUUCCAGCUGCUGCAGGCCUACUUGCUGCAUCUCCAGCUGCUGCAAGCCCCAGUGCUGCCAGCCUGUCUGCUGCAGGCCUACCUGCUGCAUCUCCAGCUGCUGCAGGCCCCAGUGCUGCCAGCCUGUGCCUACCUGCUGCAUCUCCAGCUGCUGCAGGCCCCAGUGCUGCCAGUCUGUGUGCUGCCAGCCCACCUGCUCCCGCAUCUCCAGCUGCUGCCGCCCCUCUUGCUGUGGCUCCAGCUGCUGCCGCCCGAGCUGCUGCCUGCGCCCAACCACCUGCUGCAGGACCACCUGCUGCCGCCCCAGCUGCAGUCCCACCUGUCCUCGUCCCACCUGCUGCAUCUCCAGCUGCUGCAGGCCCCAGUGCUACCAGCCUGUGUGCUGCCAGCCCACCUGUCCUCGUCCCACCUGCUGCAUCUCCAGCUGCUGCAGGCCCCGCUGUUGCCAGCCUGUGUGCUGCCAGCCCACCUGCUCCGGCAUCUCCAGCUGCUGCCGCCCCUCUUGCUGUGGCUCCAGCUGCUGCCGCCCAAGCUGCUGCCUGCGCCCAGAGACCUGCUGCCAGCCCAGCUGCUGCCAGACCACCUGCUGCAGGACCACCUGCUGCCGCCCCAGCUGCAAUGUGUCCAGCUGCUGCCGGCCGGUCUGCUGCCAGCCCACCUGCCCUCGUCCCACCUGCUGCAUCUCUAGCUGCUACCGCCCCUCCUGCUGUGGGUCCAGCUGUGGUUCCAGCUGCUGCAGGCCUACUUGCUGCAUCUCCAGCUGCUGCAGGCCCCACUGCUGCCGCCCCUCCUGUUGUGUUUCCAGCUGUGGUUCCAGCUGCUGCAGGCCUACUUGCUGCAUCUCCAGCUGCUGCAGGCCCCAGUGCUGCCAGCCCACCUGCCCUCGCCCCACCUGCUGCAUCUCUAGCUGCUGCCGCCCCUCCUGCUGUGGGUCCAGCUGUGGUUCCAGCUGCUGCAGGCCUACCUGCUGCAUCUCCAGCUGCUACAGGCCCCACUGCUGCCAGACCACCUGCUGCAGGACCACCUGCUGCCGCCCCAGCUGCAGUGUGCCCAGCUGCUGCCGGCCGGUCUGCUGCCAGCCCACCUGCCCUCGCCCCACCUGCUGCAUCUCUAGCUGCUGCCGCCCCUCCUGCUGUAGGUCCAGCUGUGGUUCCAGCUGCUGCAGGCCUACUUGCUGCAUCUCCAGCUGCUGCAGGCCCCAGUGCUGCCAGCCUGUCUGCUGCAGGCCUACCUGCUGCAUCUCCAGCUGCUACAGGCCCCAGUGCUGCCAGCCUGUGUGCUGCCAGCCCACCUGCUCCCGCAUCUCCAGCUGCUGCCGCCCCUCUUGCUGUGGCUCCAGCUGCUGCCGCCCGAGCUGCUGCCGCCCGAGCUGCUGCCUGCGCCCAACCUGCUGCCAGCCCAGCUGCUGCCAGACCACCUGCUGCAGGACCACCUGCUGCCGCCCCAGCUGCAGUGUGCCUACCUGCUGCAUCUCCAGCUGCUGCAGGCCCCGCUGUUGCCACCCCGUCUGCUGCCAGCCCACCUGCCCUCGUCCCACUUGCUGCAUCUCUAGCUGCUACCGCCCCUCCUGCUGUAGGUCCAGCUGUGUUUCCAGCUGCUACAGGCCUACUUGCUGCAUCUCCAGCUGCUGCAGGCCCCAGUGCUGCCAGCCUGUGUGCUGCCAGCCCACCUGUCCUCGCCCCACCUGCUGCAUCUCUAGCUGCUGUCGCCCCUCUUGCUGUGGAUCCAGCUAUGGUUCCAGCUGCUGCAGGCCUACCUGCUGCAUCUCCAGCUGCUACAGGCCCCACUGCUGCCAGACCACCUGCUGCAGGACCACCUGCUGCCGCCCCAGCUGUGGUGUGUCCAGCUGCUGCAGGCCCCAGCCUACCUGCUGCAUCUCCAGCUGCUCCAGGCCCCAGUGCUGUCAGCCUGUGAGCUGCCAGCCCACCUGUCCUCGCCCCACCUGCUGCAUCUCUAGCUGCUGCCGCCCCUCCUGCUGUGGUUCCAGCUGUGGGUCCAGCUGCUGCAGGCCUACUUGCUGCAUCUCCAGCUGCUACAGGCCCCACUGCUGCCAGACCACCUGCUGCAGGACCACCUGCUGCCGCCCCAGCUGUGGUGUGUCCAGCUGCUGCAGGCCCCAGUGCUGCCAGCCCACCUGCCCUCGCCCCACCUGCUGCAUCUCUAGCUGCUACCGCCCCUCCUGCUGUAGGUCCAGCUGUGUUUCCAGCUGCUGCAGGCCCCAGUGCUGCCAGCCUGUCUGCUGCAGGCCCCGCUGUUGCCAGUCUGUCUUCUGUGGAUUUCCCAUCUGUUCCACUGCUGGGACCUGUGGCUCCAGCUGCUGCCAAUCAACCUGCAGUCAGACCAGCUGCUGCCAGCCAACUUCCAUCCAGACCAGCUGCUGCCAGCCAACCUGCCUCCAGACCAGUGGCUGUGGGACCGGCUAUGGCAUUGGUGGCAGCAUUGGCUAUGGCCAGCCAACCUCCAUCCAGACCAGCUGCUGCCAGCCAACCUCCAUCCAGACCAGCUGCUGCCAGCCAACCUGCCUCCAGACCAGUGGCUGUGGGACCGGCUAUGGCAUUGGUGGCAGCAUUGGCUAUGGCCAGGUGGGCAGCAGUGGAGCUGUGAGCAGCCGCACCAGAUGGUGCCGCCCUGACUGCCGCGUGGAGGGCACCAGCCUGCCUCCCUGCUGUGUGGUGAGCUGCACAUCCCCAUCCUGCUGCCAGCUGCACUAUGCCCAGGCCUCCUGCUGCCGCCCAUCCUACUGUGGGCAGUCCUGCUGCCGCCCAGCCUGCUGCUGCCAGCCCACCUGCACUGAGCCCAUCUGUGAACCCACCUGCUGUGAGCCCACCUGCUAA